AUGAAGACCACCAUGCUACGUGAGGCAGACAUGAUCAAUCUUUGCCAAUUGACCAAGCAUGUUUUAAUGAGUCAACCAGUAUUGUUGGAGCUAGAAGGUCCCUUGAAAGUUUGCGGUGAUGUGCAUGGACAAUUCCGAGAUCUGCUUCGGCUCUUCGACUUGUGCGGUUCACCUGAGACCACUAACUACCUAUUCUUGGGUGAUUAUGUGGAUCGCGGAAAACAAAGCUUAGAAACUAUCAGUCUACUGUUUGCAUACAAAGUGAAAUACCCUACAACUUUCUUCCUGUUGCGCGGAAACCAUGAAUGUCAAGCAAUUACGCGAAUUUACGGCUUCUUUGACGAAUGCAAACGGCGCUUCAAUGUGAAAUUGUGGAAGUGCUUUUUGGACGUAUUCAAUUGUCUUCCGGUGGCCGCAGUCAUUGAAAACCAAAUCUUCUGCUGUCAUGGCGGAAUUUCUCCAGAGUUUCUCAAACAAGACGUGUCGAACUUGGAAGACUUAAAACAGAAAAUACGUGCUAUUCCCAGGCCGUCUGACGUGCCUGAGGACGGAAUUGUUUGUGAUCUGCUAUGGGCCGAUCCCCUAAACCCGGAAUUGUUAGACAACGAGGCAGAUGAAGUGCCACAAAUAUUUCAGGAGACCGGAUUCGCCCCAAACGAAAGGGGUGUCUCAUAUGUGUUCAGUCCGGAAGUCGUAGACCGAUUUCUUACCCGCUUCGGAUUAGAUCUGAUGGUUCGAGCACACCAAGUGGUCGAAGACGGUUACGAAUUUUUCGCCAACCGUUCUUUUGUAACCAUAUUUUCCGCACCGAAUUACUGCGGUGAAUUCGACAACGCUGGUGGGAUAUUUUGUCUCAGUCGAAGUGUGAACUAUCGACCGGCCACAAAUGAAGAAGAGAUUGAUCUCGAGGGAAGUUUCCAAAUUCUCUACCCGGAGGCUCGAAAGCGUUCGACUACGAAACGGCCCUCAGUGCCUCAGCUUGCCAAACGUUAG